CAAUUUCCAAGUUCCAAUCCCGACCCGGCCACCCCCACUCGGAAUUCUCUCCCAUCAAAGCCCCUACCUCAGCGUCUCAAUCACUCCCCCCUCUUUCCUCCGGCUCUCUUUAAAACCCUUCUCUCUUCUCCCAGCGGCCAUCCCAUCCGAGAGGGGAGAAGAGAAGGGAAGAGAGAGACAGAGAGUGAGAGGGCGCGUUCUUAUGGCGGUCUCGGGGGAAUCGGCGGCGGCGGCGGCGGCGGCGGAGGCGGAGGGGCCGGUACUGGGCCUGAUAAGCAAGCGGCUCAGGGCUCUGCGAAAGAAGAACAAUCGCAUCCUCCAAACGGAGGAGAGCCUCGCCCAGGGAAAAUCCCUAAACAAGGAGCAGGAGGAGCUGCUCCGCUCCAAGCCCGCCGUCACCGCCCUAAUCGAUGAACUUGAGAAGCUCCGCUCCCCCCUCGCCGCCGCCCUCCAGGACGAGUUCUCCCGCCGCCCCUCCCCGCCGCCCCAACAACCCUCCCCUUCCGCCCCCGUCGCCGCCGAGCCCGACGACAAGGCAAUCGAGGACCUCCUCUCCUUGCUUUACUUCGGCUGCCUCUUCGAUGUCAGGCCGCAGAACGAGUUCACCGCCAUGAUGCUCACGCGGACGCACGAGCGCGACUGCUGCUUGACGUACGACUAUGUGACCGACGAUGCCACCGAUUUGCUCGGGGAGCGGGACCUCGACACGAUCUCGGCGCUUGGCUCGCUCGUGAUAUCGAGGCCGGCCUACUCCGGGGUCUCCCACAAGAACGCGCUCCAGGAAUGCGUCCAGCGUGCCAGGCUCUGGUUCCAGAAGUCCAAUCAGCCCAUCCAUCCAGGGGCCUCGGUGACCUAUGCUGGAUUGAAGGAAAAGCUGAACAAGAUUAUGGCAUCAGACUACUUCACCGCAACACCGGAGAUGAAAGCUCCGGUGGAUGUGGCUGCGGCUGUCGGAAAAUACAGCACGACUUGCCAAGUGCAGAUUUCUGAGGCCACCACCGUGGCAUCCCCUGCUGCCCAAAUCGAAGGUUCCCCAGCACAUUAUCAGCAGAAGGAGGAUGAGCAAGAUGAUUUUCAACCAACUGAAGUCCAGCCUGAGCAUCAGUCUUCCCCUGCUGAUGAACCUCCAAAGGAUGAGGCAGAUGUGCUAAACCCGUCAAGCGACAUUGCCUCGGUCCAACAGGAGCAGCAGAAGCUUGAGGCAGAUGAGAAGGAACUGAACCAGAGAGAUCCAGAACCGAAGGAUCAACAAUACAUUCCUCGGAGGGGUUACCAGAACCAGAGAGGUGGAAGUCGUGGUGGUGGUGGUGGAGGUGGGGGCAGGAGGGGCUAUCCAAAUGGUCGUGGUGGUCGUGGCCGAGGUGGGGGUGGCAGUUACCAAAAUGGGCGGAGUCAGUAUUACGACUCUGGAUACCAUCCAAGAAACUACAACUCAAGGGGUAGGGGAGGUCGCUCUGGUGGUUCAGCCAUGUACAACAAUCAUGGAGGAGGACCUCAUGGAGAUCAUGUCCCUGUGAAUGCUGAAUGGGGAACAAGCACUUAAGUUAAUGUCUGAUGUUCUAGGAGUAGACUUCAUUUUGAGAGCUUCUGUCCGAUCUCACUCGGUUGUUCCAAAGAUGCUGAUUUAAUACUAUCAUGUAGGGAUUCUGCUUAUAUUUUGAAGGAACUAUAGAUGGGUUGCAUGCAAUAUUUAUAGGCAAGUGGUUGCAGAAAAGGAAAACAGACUUCUUAGUUGUAGUUUAAUGUUUUAUUUCUCUGCAUGGAUUUACUUUGCUUCAGCAGUA